CUGCCUCUUUAAGACGUGAGCAUUGGGUGGUACCUCCAACGAACCAAAUAUGCCGACUCAUGACGCCCAGGAAGCCCUGACCAAACCUCCCAAAUUCCCGCAGAUCUGAGACAGCUAAGGUCCCCAUGUUAUAAGCGUUUUUUACUUUGUAACAAUGUGUGUGGUUUUGUUAACGGGUAUUUGAGUCGAUAAUGCUGAAUGGUCGGUGUCAUGCGGUUCACAUGGGAUAUUUACAGGCUGUUGGGGCUUGGGAGCGAAGCCCCCAGUGCCCAGGGCCAGGAGGAGAUGGAGUGUGGCGCAGUGACCCCUGACCCCACCGAUGACGUCACACUGUCUCAGGAACAGGACAUCAGUGGGGAGGACAGUCUGAGUGAGGAGGAGAAGGCCAAACGCAGAGUGGAGCGACGCAGAGCCAAGAGGAAGCGUCAACGGGAGCGCAAGAAGCUGGAGCAGGUGAAGAUGCCUGAGAGCACCGAGCAGGAUGCUGAAGAUGAGGAUGAUGAUGGUGGUGAAUCUGAGGAGGAGGAAGCAGAGGAGAGCGAUUCUGAGCUUGAGGAGGAGGAGCAAGAAGAAGAAAAAGAGGAUAGAGCAGCCAUUCCUUGCUCCAAGGAGCCUCCCGCCCCAUCCCCAGCCCCCUCGGGGACUAAAGGACCCCAGAAGACCACUGCACGACACUCUGAAGAGGAACCGGAGUGGGAUGUGAGCAGUGCAUUCUUUGCCAACGCUGCUAGCCACAUCAGGCCAAAAGGCUGGACCAAACCUGGGCGCAAGUCCAAGGAGAAUGAGGGCAGAACCAGAGAGGUGAAUGGAACAGAUGCUGUGACUAAGAGAAGCGCCUCGUUGACAGAAAAAGGGAUCAAGCUGGUGCAGGAGGGCCAGUAUUCUCAGGCCGUCGUUAUGUUUACAGAAGCCAUCAAAUACGACCCAAAGGAUUACAGGUUCUUUGGGAACCGGUCGUACUGUUAUAGCUGUUUGGGGCAGUACCCCCAGGCCCUGUCUGAUGCUGAGAGGUCCAUCCAGCUGGCACCUGACUGGCCUAAAGGACAUUUCCGCAAGGGCAGUGCACUCAUUGGGAUGAAGCGGUACAGUGAGGCGGAGAAAGCCAUGGAACAGGUGCUAAAGCUGGAUAAAGACUGUGAGGAGGCUGUCAAUGAUCUCUUCAACUGCAAAGUCUUACAGCUUAUGGAUCUGGGUUUUGAGGAGGGGCAGAGCAUGUCUCUGCUGGAGCGAUUCACCACUCUACAGGCUGUGCUGACCUCACCUGAGGCUUCUAGGGGUGAGGACACACACCACUGUGCAGGCCGUGCCAGUGUGGUGAGCCAGGAUUCCUCAUUGGGCUUGCCAGGGGCCCCGUGUGUGUCUCUCUGGGUGGGGAACGUGACCGCUGAGCUGACUGAGAAACACCUGUUGGACCUCUUUAAAACUUAUGGGGAGAUAGACAGCAUACGAGUUCUCCACGAGCGGUUCUGUGCCUUCGUCAACUUCAAGAAUGCCAACAUGGCAUCGCGGGCCAUGGAGAAACUCAACGGCUACAGUAUAGAGAACACAAGGUUGGUGGUUCGCUACCCAGACCAUCGCAGCCAGAGGCUUCUGCCCAUCCCCCUCAAGACCAGCCCCCUUGCAUUGCAACAGACAGCUGCUGGUCCCAGACGUUGUGGCCCAGUGAACGGAGACGAGUGUUACUUCUGGAGGACCACCGGCUGCCAUUUUGGGGACAAGUGUCGCUACAAACACAUUGCUGAACAGAGUGGCAAAGACAGGAAGCCCUGGCAGCCCUGAGCACCGUUUCAAAUUGAAUACAUUUUUAUUUGUCACCUGAACCCAAUACAACUGGUGUAGACUUUACCGUGAAAUGUUUCCUCCUCAAUUCUGACCUUCUAUAAAAUUGGGACCCCGUUAUGACGAUGGACUCAAUAUUAAAUGGACAGUGUAGGACUGUUGUUGUGAUGGAGUAGAAUGUUCAGACUAAUAAAAAUGGAGGACAGCAUAAGGAGUGCUAUAAUAGAAGAGCAUUAGGACUGUAAUAAUGGACCAGAAGACAUCAGCAGUCCCCCUUGACCACAGCUGGGCCUUUAGGCUUUGCAUGGCAACGAACCUCAACACCUUGAAGCCUUAAAACCUUGCUAGCCUUACAGCUAGUCCUACGGCUGGCAUCAGUUAUCCCUAUGGCUAACAUCAGUACUAUUGCUGUCUGGGGUUUGUGGCAUAGGGAACUGGGCUCUCCACCUCAUCCUCAUCUCCCAUCCAUGUCUCUCUCUUCCCAUGCCAAUACCACCAGACCAGAACGGACCAGGCCCGGCCUUGCUCUCCACACCAAAGGACAACCAAUAACCACCCGGACCACCACACCAAAGAACCAGCAGCCAUCCAGCCUGCAGCAGAUUCAACCUGAUGUUUCAGUUCAUCCCUAAGAAAGAGGUUCCUCCCUUCCACUCUGCCUUGGUGCUAAGUAACAUGCCUCCUAAAAUGGUCAUGUUAGUUAGGCACCAAAUGGAAAUAAAUCGACUGAAACAGAGAGCGACUACAUGUAUUUCUCCAAUAUGAAACACAAAUUUUCCUUUGCCACACAUUUUCAAACGUUUUCCUUGUCAUGCCCUAAUGAACAUGUCCCAGGGCUUGCAAUACAGUGGGCUAUGGGCUCUGUGCUAUUGGCUUUAGCUAAAUGGGCCAUUGCAAUGUGUGAGUGGAGCAGAGAGAUGUACAACCAAUUUAACAGAGAACCUUGUUUUUCAAUGUAUUAACCCAUGUUUCAUUUUACCACUGUACCUGAUGGCAAACAGCUUAAAUGCACACUCCAAAUCUGUUGGGUGAUUUUGACACAGAACUGACACCAACUUUUUUCUAUGUUAGGGUUUGUUUAAAGUUUAGUUCGCCAGCCCUUAAAAUAUCUGGAAAAUAAGCAUCUUGUUUGUAAAAUGAACCAAAUAUGUUUUUUGCUCUGUUUCAAUCUACCCUCUCUAGACCUUGCACCUUCUCAAUGUGUCCCAUUAAAGGAAAGUGUCACUGAAUGUCUGUAGGCAAGACCGAAGCUUGAGGGUACAUCUCAGCAGUCUAAAGUUGCUAGCUGAAGCUAUGUAAGACCAAGCUAGCUGCGUCUUUGGUUUAUAGCUGUCUGAUUUUACUAAUGGUACAGUAGGAGGUUGGUUUUCAGGAAUGGGUUCACCACUUUGCAGUAAAAGCCCUCUUAGGCUCUUCUCACACUAUCGUUUGUCCCUGCAGCGUUAGGCUGUCAUUCUGUCCCUCUGUCAUUUUUAAGCUGUCAAGAGCUGUCCGAGUGAGGGUGACAGUCAACUCAGUAGGGGAGAGGCUUUGGACACGGAACUACACCUACUUUCCCAUUUGUGUGUUCCUCUUCAGAUUUUCACCAUUCUGUAGACCCAAGGCUUCCAUUCAGUAUUUAGUCUGAACCAAAGAAUGCUUGUAGACAACCAAAGGCUGUCUGCACUGGCAAUACGUGUAAGCUGUUUCUUUAUUCUGUCACUCAAGCCUUCAAAUGCAAAUGGGUAACUUCUCCGAGACCCAGUGACUCAAAACAAGCCUCUCGUGGUGAGGAGCUGUAGCUGCCACUAGAAAUGGAAUAGUUAUUAUUCUUAGUCCACACUACUCUAUAUCUCAAACUGUGUGUACAGACGAGUGCAGGCUAUUUAUUUGCGUAUUUAUAUGUAUAUUUGCUUUACCUGUGAGACCAUAGUGGUUGGUUGGUAUAUGAUUUAAAUGAUGACUUACCAGACGCUAGAACUUUCUGGGCCGGUUUGUAGUAGUACAAUGGAUAUUCUCCAUUGAAGUGAUUUUUAGUCCAGGACUAAGCUUAGUCUGGGAAAUCAGCCCGAUCUGUUUAGUAACUGUUGAGAGAAAGAAUUGUUAUUAAAUGUGGUGGGAGUUUCUGCUUUUUUUGUGGUUGCCUGGUUUUUGGCCUCGUAGAGAUUGGUCAAAGAAAUCAGAACUUCAUAUUAGGAUAAAGUCACAUGAGAAAACACUAUACUAUUAUCUUUAAAAGACUCGCAGAAGUGUGUUUUCUUAGUUCAGUGAUCCCAAGUACACAGUUUUCACUAAUUUGGGCAAAUGCAUGUUUUAUGAGUUUGAUAGAAAUUAAUAAUAAAGUAUUUAUGUGCGAAGCCCAGUUUUAGUAUGAGUCCAUUUCUCUCUAGUCCCAAUUUCAGGAGAAAGUGUUUUUUAAUGACUAUGUACUCCCCAAAACUUUUAACUCAAGCAAUGUAAUCUCUGUUCAUUCCAAAUUGACAAAAUAUUUUAAAUGUGUGAAAGUCUGCCAAAGAGUCCUUUUGUACAUAAUAUAUUCAUUCAAAUAA